AUGGCGCGCGCGGGCAGCAGCUGUGAGCAUCAGCUGGCGCCCUGUGUCGGCAGAGUGCUGGGGCGUUCGCUUUGGCCUGUGGCAGGGGCCAACAACCCGGAGUUUGGCGCGGCUGUAGCCCAGGCAUCGGCGGGCGGCAAGGCUCAUUUGAUUGCCGGCAGGAGGCGGUGCUAUGACAGCAAUGGGCGCGUGGCGCAAGCGCGAGUGGUCAACACG